AUGUCGUCGAUCAAUAUGUCUCUUGAAGAAAUAAUCGGCAAGAACAAGCGAACUCCUGCAGGAAAGUGGAAGCACGACAAGUUCCAAGACGAGAGCCGAGCUUUCCGAGCGAGAGGAGGAGCGAUUGCUAAAGUGGUCGCGAAUAAUCCCAACAAGAAAGUGCGCGUCAAUCUGUCCAAUCUUGGACCCAACGUCGUCUCUGCAGAUCUUGAGGAACUUUUCGGUCCGUACAAUAUCGACACUGCAACGGUACACUUCAAUGAGCAGGGGAUCUCACUUGGCACUGGAGACGUUUAUCUAAAGAGAAAGGAUGCACUACAGAUGUUCGAAGAUUUCAAGGGUGUCUCUCUUGAUGGCAAAUUGAUAAAGAUGUUGAUUGUUGAUGGAGGAGAGGGAGUUGCAAAUGGCAUUGAAAGCAGACUGAGUAAACUGCCUCGUCAGGCCACGCGCGGAAUACAGAAGACGUUCAGAAGGCCAAGUGGCGGUGUUUCUACAUCUUUCCUCGAUCGCAUAGUUGAUGACAAACCAAGACGAGGGGGUAUGCGUCGUCGUGGGCUCCCUGGACGAGAAAGGAAAUCAGUAAAAUCUGUAGCAGAAUUGGAUGCCGAGUUGGAGUCAUACAUGAACAAAGGACGGCCCCUAGACUUGUAA